AUGGCUACAACAAGGUCUAUUCGGCCGAAACCCCUGGAUUGGCCGAGUCCAUCGCAUUUAGAUGUGUUCAUUCGCAAUUUGAAUCUAUUGCGCUUAGAUCAACGCGAGGAUUGGCCUGGCGUAUCUCUCCGCACCCUGACCCCGACAUCACAGAACCAACGACACAGAACCCGACUGAUAGAAUGGUCCCUUUACCACCUCUUUACCAUUUGGGAUCCUGAGGUUUCUCAAAAUGUACCGUCACUUGAUGUUAUCUUACAAGAGUGGACUUUGCUGACGUUCGCCCGCAGAAACUCCGACCCUUCUUCCCCCUCUGUCAACCUCCGCGCAGCCUUAUUCCGGUGUCUAGGGGAAUUAAAGAAGAAUGGCGAUCUGGGAAGGGAGAUUGUUCUUCGAAAAACCAUGCUGGAUGAUUGCAAGGGCGAUAAAUUCGAGGAGCUGCUCGCUGGCUUCUCCACCGCCGUUCUCCGUAAAGUUGUAGCGGUGUCCGGGGACAAAAUGCUUUACAGUUCUGCCAUGAAGCUAUCCACUGCUACGGCCAUAGCCCCAGCCGACUAUCAGAAUCUUCUGCCGCUUAUUCUUGCCCAUCAAGUAUCUCUCGAUUCUGCAGGAGAGCGCCAUGCCCGAGUUCGAGAUGCUUAUCAUCGGUUCUCACAGCUGCUAGACGAUAAAAAAGACGAGCUUACCGAACGUGCGAAUCAUGGACCAGGUGGCUGCAUGGUUGGUAUGCAGAGCGAUCCGGAGGGCAUGGUGCGUGAGUUACAAACAAACUGGCUGGGCAGCGAGGAAUGGGCCACUGCACUGCUCGAAGGCGGAUCACAAAGUAGCACGGACGCUUUUCUAGAACAUCCUUUUUCAACAGCAUGGAUGCGGGCAACGGACUCGAAUGCCGCCAGGCUCAGCCGUGGGUUGAAGCAGGACCUGGUCCUUGAUUUGGAGGCUCGUGUUCUACUCCAACGAAGUCGACUACGCAAGUGGCAUGAAUACAACAAUUCUCUCUCAAAGGAAAGAAGCACCGACGAACUGACCACAGCCUCACCUAAAGAACCACGUGUGCUAUUCCGGGAUCACCAGUCACUCACAGUUGCUAGUAUAUCCAAAGCUGUUCGUCAGCCCGGGGAUCGCCAGCGAACAUUGAAAGGGCCAGAGAAAUAUCUCUUAUCCUCUGUAAAUGAAGCCAUUUCCCGUAUCAACGGAAAAUCCCGCGUCAAGCCUGCGGACUACAUACCGGAGGUGAAAAUAAGCAGCAAAUCACAAUUCAGAAGCCCAUUUGAGAUCGUCAGCUCGCCAUCGAGAGUGGCAGGGGAGCACCAUGCCCCAAUUCAUCCACCAGACCUGGAAACCUCAGAGCUAUACCAAGAGCCCGAGCCCGAGUUCAAACCCAAACCACAUUCAGAGUCAAAGCAGAUCCAACCCUCCCCUCAAAUCGUCCGGCUCUCUCCAGACCUCCCGUCGUCAGGCGAGGAAUCAGCCCCAGAACCAAUGAAACGCACUUACACCUUGGCCGAGCGCACGCGCAGAUCAAUGUCUCUCCUUCCACCUGUGGCCCACGAAGCGCCACGGCCACGCCGCAGACCCCGCCCGUCUUUCCCAGUCAACCAGUUCCUGACUCCGCGGAAAACUUCUGCCCACUCGACUCAUUCGAGAGAUGAAAUCUCACGUGCUUCAACGCCGCAGGAUCAGCUCUUUGAAGAAGAUGCCGAGUACGCGAGCGUCUUCAAGUCGCGGCCGCGCGUGGCGCUUAGUCCUAUCUCGUCGCCAGCUGUACAUGUCAGUCCCUGCUUUGAGGAUGAGAGCUUUGAAUUGGAUUACGAGGAUGGCGAUGAGAGUGAGGGUUGUGAGUGGGGAGAUGUGGACUCGCCUUUGUCUGCUCCGCGGUUGAGGGGCUAG